GUGCCCCUAAAGUUUUUUUAAUUUUUCCUGAUUUUUUGAUCCAUUGGUCCUUAGGAUUUAUUUUCCUGCUAGGCAUUUUGUGAGGAAGAGUACCUAGCUAAUUGUAGUAUCUUUAAAGACUAUUCCCUCUCCAGUAGCUUCAGUUAUUUAUGUGAUAAUAGUGACUCCAGUUUGUAGCUAGCAAUAUGUGUAUGGAUUUUGGUUCCUAUAUGAUUGUAGUUGUGGCCUUGAGAUCUUGAGCAAACCCUCUUGAGGACGGAUUUGGCAUCCAUCAGCCUUCAAAAGCCUCUAAAAAUUGAUCAUAUGUUAUUAGCAAAGGUUUAUUGCCUCUUUCCAUUGUGUAGAGAAUGUGCUUUUUAUAUAUUCAACUCUAAGAAGGGAAAACCUAAAAGCCCAAGGCUUUUGAGUGGAGGGGAGGAAGUGCUAGACCUUUAAAAAAAAAUCUUGUCUUACUGAAUUAUGUUGAAAAGGUGGGAAGAUGUACUAUUUUAAUUUGUUGAGAUAUUGCUACUUGGAUAUUAUCUGAAAGUUGUGUUUUUAAUUAAAUAUACUUAAUAAAAUAAAAUAAAACAAAAUUUGCUUUGACCAAAGUUAGAAGUCCAGUAACUGACAUGGUGACCGGUGCUUUGCCGUUUUGUUUUGAACAGAAUUGCUUAUGAACAUGGUGAAUAGAAACAAUGUAACUUUUAAAAUUGUUAUAUUUGAUACAAGUUUAUAUGUACCGUCAUACAUACUAGGUAAAUAUGGGGGGCGGGGAAUUUUUUAUAUGAGAGCCAUCUGUCCAUUCUUUCCUUACAGAAGAGGAACGAAGUAACAGUAUUCACUUAACCACAGGACGACUGUUGUAGGUUUUAAAAAUUCCCUGUAUUUUAAUCUCUUGUGUUCCUUCUGAGUUUUAGUUUGCUAAACAGUUGCAAAAAACGAGUCUCCACUGCAUCAUCAUCUUUAAGGAAGAACUCUACCUAAUUGUAAUGGUUCAUCUAGCUCUGAAAAAUAGUGAUUUGUUCAUUCCGAAAUCAGAGAGAUCCGAUGCAGCUGUGUCUUGUUACUGUUGGCGUUUCGGACGAGGGAGGCGGCGCUCUCUGUAACACGCAGUUUGAGCCACGGUAAUACAGAGCAGAGACCGUGCGGAAUGUGGCGCAGCUGGUGAGCGCACUGACCCAGAAGCCCAGCGUGAAGUUUAACGGCCAGGACUGGUUGGAGUUGAAAAUUGUAGCAGGAAGAUAAACUUCAGGUUGGUGGACAAAGGACAGACCACUGUGUGUGCUUCGUCCAGUGGACCCCGAGCACCUGCAGUGAGAGCUGCACUUCCUGGGCGCGCAGACGGCUGCUGGAGGGGGACCUGUGACGUCACUAUCCGCGUCUCGUUCCAACAUUCUGAGGCAUAAUCAAGAUAUAAAUUGAAAUGUGUGGACAGCGUAUUUCUUCUUUACUUGAUUUUCAAAAAACAAGAAUAUCCGACACGAAGCCAGUGAUUUCCCAUGUAGAGUGGCCAAGCUUCCCAAGAACAAAAACCGAAACAGUUGACCACAGCCGCAUUAAACUACAUCAAGAAGAUAACGACUACAUCAAUGCCAGUUUGAUCGAGAUGGAGGAAGCCCAAAGGAGUUACAUUCUUACGCAGGGCCCUUUGCCUAACACGUGCGGUCACUUCUGGGAGAUGGUGUGGGAACAGAAAAGCAGGGGCGUCGUGAUGCUCAACAGACUGAUGGAGAAAGGCUCGUUAAAAUGUGCGCAGUACUGGCCACAAAAAGAAGAAAAAGAAAGGAUCUUUGAAGACACAAAUUUGAAACUAACCUUGAUCUCUGAGGAUAUUAAGUCGUAUUACACAGUACGGCAGCUAGAAUUGGAAAACCUCACGUCUCAAGAAACUCGAGAGAUCUUACAUUUCCACUAUACCACGUGGCCUGACUUCGGCGUCCCCGAAUCGCCAGCUUCGUUCCUGAACUUUCUUUUUAAAGUCCGCGAGUCAGGGUCGCUCAGCACAGAGUACGGCCCCGUCGUGGUUCACUGCAGCGCCGGCAUCGGCAGGUCGGGGACCUUCUGUCUGGCGGACACCUGCCUUCUACUGAUGGACAAGAGGAAAGAUCCUUCUUCUGUCGAUAUCAAGAAAGUUCUGUUAGAAAUGAGGAAGUUCCGGAUGGGACUGAUCCAGACAGCAGACCAGCUCCGUUUCUCCUACCUGGCUGUGAUCGAAGGUGCCAGGUUCAUCAUGGGGGACUCCUCGGUGCAGGAGCAGUGGAAGGAGCUCUCCCACGAGGACCUGGAGCCCCCGCCCGAGCACGCCCCCCCUCCUCCCCGGCCGCCCAAACGAGUCCUGGAGCCGCACAAUGGGAAGUGCAAGGAAUUCUUCCCAAACCACCAGUGGGUCAAGGACGAAGCCGGGGAGGAUAAAGAAGAAGACAGCCCCGUCAAGGAGGAAGCCAGAACCCCCUUGAGCGCCGCGUGCAGCGGGGAACGCACCAGUCCAGACGCCGGAGGCGAAGUCAGAAGGCGGGUCACAGGGGCAGGGCCUGCCCAGGGGGAGCCGGCGCCGCCCAAGGAGCCGCAGGACCAGGCGCCGGUGCUCUGGAAGCCCUUCCUGGUCAACAUGUGCAUGGCCACGGUCCUCACGGCCGGCGCGUACCUCUGCUACAGGGUAUGUUUUCACUGACGGACGUGCCGCAAGACGGCGUGUCAGGAUGCCCCGGCCGACAGCCCGGCGUGCACGGCCCGUGCUGCCGGCGGAUCUGAGCCCGACUCGGGAGACAGCAAAGGUUUUCAAAGUCUGGAACUGUGAAGGGCUAACGAGAGAAUUGCGGAUUGAUGCACUGGGGUUUUGAGGAGCCCUGUGGUCCCAAGAAUAUAAGAGUCUAAUCUCAGGGCCUUAACCUUAUUCAGGAGUAAGUAGAGAAAAUGCCAAAUACGUCUCUCUCUCUUUCUCUUUUUUUUGUUAUUGUUAUUUGUUUUUGAAAAAAAAUAGAAUUACAACACAUUGUUGUUUUUAACCUUUAUAAAAAGCAGCUUUUGUUAUUUCUGGAAAAAAAAAAAGACUAGGCACUUAGGAAACUUUCUUGUACCCUUAGGUGGUGUAAGCAGAUACAGUUUGUAUUUGAUUUCCCAGGGGAAGUCUCCCGUACUUUCCCGAAUGUAAACUCCUCUGGAGAGGAGGGUUAGGGAUUAAGGGUGUAGGGCACCGUCCCCCUCAGUCGCUUCCUCCGCUGUGCGCACGCUGGGCUUGGACAGGGCCCUCGGGCUUUCCUGUUUUAAGAAGAAAAACCAACGAAAGGCCAUCUCUGGAAAACAAAACCCAGCUUCUGCUUUUGCUCAGGGUGUCCCCGCCGGUUUUCCAUUGUUCAUUUCUCCAUCGACCCCUUCUUGUUCCAGCCAUCUAGUCAGGCCCUCCCUCCCCACCCGCCCUGUGCAGCCCCUGCCUCAGGGUCAGAGGUCACAGCAGGGUGGCCAUCAGCUUUGCACCCUGCCCUCGAGAUCCCUCUGGAAGGAGCGAUUUCCGCUUCCUUCAGAUUAUAGAGUGAUGGGAGGCGGGAGGAUCAGCCUCCAAGCGCUGCUCCUCUGUUUUUUCUCUCCUGGCCACCGCCGCGGAGUACAGCAGGUGGUUUAGCAGCCUUUUCCUUAGGGGUGAUUUGGGAAGGGGCUGUUGCAAAAGAAAGCGGAAACCCCCUUCCCUGGAGGCCUGGGGAGGGGGUGCGGGGGCCAGGGUAGUGCAGGGCCAUGCGGCUCCGGGGGUGGGGGGGGGCUCACCUGAAAACGUUUGGUUUCAUUCCAGUUCCUGUGCAGCAGCAGCACGUAGGCCCCGCCUCCCCACGGUGUGCGUCUGCGCAGAGCGCGCGCACCCGCCUAGCAGGCGCGCCGUGGUCGUAAGGGUCGAGGCCACCGUAGCCAGCCGCGACCUGGACGCACGUUCGUUCUGCACUAAAACCACCCUCCCCGGGCUCACUCCUUCUGGCUUUGUUUCCACUCCCUUUCCGUCGAGCACCAAAUCCAUAGCCCGUUUUUCGGAGGAGAACAAAGGACAGUACAGUGCUGGGGGCCCGUGCAAGUCGCGAGGCUCGGCGCAGCCCGGCUUGUCCGGGUGGGCGGCACACUGUCCUCCGAGCCCCCCUGCGGAGACUCCACUCCAUAUUUAUUUUUUGUUGUUUUCUUCCCCAAAGGCGUCUGUAGUGCACUAGCAUUUUCUUAAACCAAUAAUGUAUUAAAAACUUUUGAUGUCAGCCUUGCAUCAAGGGCUUUAUCAAAAAGUACAAUAAGAAACCCUCAGGUAGUGCUGGGAACGUAAGACUUUGCCAUGAGCCUGCUGCGCCAGACCAGGGCUAGGACGGAGGACGGUUGUGAGCAGUGGUGGCUCGUGGCAUCGUGGGUAACGUGAGAAGAGGUUUGGCAUAUGUUUAUAGAACAUGGGAUAAUAUAUAAUGAACUCUUGGAUAUUUAAGAGACAUGACGUGAGAUUACUUUGUCCCGGUUACCCCUCCCGGUUCCCUGCUAGAACCCUGUUCUCAAUCACUGCUUCCCCUGUGUGUAUUAGAAUGCAUGUGCGGUCUGUGUCCUGAUCCAAUACCAUGUGCUUGGAGUACUUA